CCUCUCCGGCAGAGCAAGCUCCCAGUCUAAGCUUCUCGCACAAUGGAAGAAGAAGAGCCAGAGAUCUCAUCACAAACCCUAACUCUAACCCCAACUAAGAAGAGGAAGAAAAAGAAGCAUGUCAACGUCAAAAUGGAGGUCGUCCAUGAACACCCAGAAAAGAUCCCACCUCUAGUGGGCUAUUUCCCAUCUGGGUUCGAUGCCCACAAACCCCAAGACCAUGAAUCCGACCCACCACCCGCUGUUAAGGUUUUCAGAAACAAGGCUAGAGCCAACCGAUUACAGCUUGUUGUGAGCCCAAAUGAUUCCAAGGUCAACUUCGUUGGCACCAGCUACUCCGGCGAAGCCGCGUCGGCUCAGGUCUGCACCUAUGCUCUUGGGGUUCUUGAUAAGGAGACCCAGACGUUGAAGAUCGUUCCUAUUGCGUCUAAUAAGAUAUUUAGGUUGGAACCAAGAGUUGGAGGGUCAGAUGCCUCUGUUGAUGAACCUUCAAGUUUAUUAAAGGGAGAACAAACUGCAGAAGAGAAGGCAGGCAGAAUGAGAGAUCUAACUAACUUAUAUGGAACAAAGAAGUCAAUUACCCAGGCUAAGAAAUUGCAGGCUCUGAACCAAAAGGAUGAUCCUAGGUCUCAAAAGGAUUUGGACAGGAAACUCAAGGAAGUUGUUAUAAACAAGGAGGCGCUUGAAAGUACUUCUGCUCAUAGUGCUCGUAAUAUCCCACCAUAUGAUGAUACGGCCACUACACCCCAGGAGGCCUAUCCUCUGGACAAGAUUAUUUUCAAAGGGGAAUGGGAUUACCUUUUAGAUAUUCUCAACCUUCUGCAUGCAGGAGCAGAGGUAGAAUCCAGUGCUUACUCAAGUUUUGUUUGCAACAGAAUCCAAAAAUUGAAGGAGCUUGAGGAUGAAGGGGAGAAAACAACGCUUGCCUGCAUAUUCUCAUAUAUUAAUCAUCUAUUGAAGUACAAAGAUCGGAAUUCUAUGGAUGCUUCAUCUGCCAAGCACCAUAAAAUCCCAGGCAUCCUGAACCAGAAGUUUUCUUCCAUGUUUGCUCUUGAUUCAGAUUCGAGAAGACUCACUGAAGAGAAGAAAGAUCUUCUCAUCAGUUAUGUCUUGGUGCUCACUCUAUAUGCUGAUGAAUUCAGAACUGACCCAUCAGAUAUAGCUAGGGAUCUGAGGAUGAGUGCAGUAAAGUUGAGAGCACAUUUCGAGCAUCUGGGUUGCAAGCUCGUGUCUCAGAAUAAAGUGACGAUGGCUACGCUUCCUGUUCCCCUCAGCUUCCCCAGGCUGAGGCAGAAGAGGCGAAGGUAGAUGGAUUUUUUGUCGAAUUUUCGGUCCCCUCUCCAUUUAUAAAGGCUCAAGGACCUGUUUGGGCGGGCUUCUGCUGGGUUUUGAAGAAUGUCUGGUACAUUUAAAGUAUUCUUGUGUAAUGCCUGUCUGAGUUGAAGAGAGAAGGUGAAAAGAUUUGUUAUUAUGGUUGUUUUGGAACAAUUUUGACAGAGCAUCAGCUCCUAUCAAACUAGAUUGAUUCACAUAUAAAUCAAACUGCAGAUAUUCUUUUGACUGCACAUUCUAUAUGAUGAGGCAUUAUACCCCA